AUGGGAUGUAUAAAAUCAAAAAGGAAAGACAAUCUGAAUGAUGAUGGAAUAGAUCUGAAUACUCAACCAGUACAUAAUACUGAGAUUCUUGAAGGUCUUUGCUUCCAUCCUUCAUUUUUAGAUCCAGAGGAGCAAGGAGACAUUGUGGUAGCCUUGUACCCCUAUGACGGCAUCCAUCCAGAUGACUUGUCUUUCAAGAAAGGAGAGAGGAUGAAGGUCCUGGAGGAGCAUGGGGAGUGGUGGAAAGCCAAAUCCCUUUCAACAAAGAGAGAGGGCUUCAUCCCCAGCAACUAUGUAGCCAAAGUCAACACCUUGGAAACAGAAGAGUGGUUUUUCAAGGGUAUAACCAGGAAAGAUGCAGAAAGGCAGCUUCUGGCCCCAGGGAACAGCGCUGGAUCUUUUCUCAUCAGAGAAAGUGAAACAUUAAAAGGAAGCUAUUCUCUAUCCGUCAGAGAUUAUGACCCUGUGCACGGUGAUGUCAUUAAGCACUACAAAAUUAGAAGUCUGGAUAAUGGGGGUUAUUACAUCUCUCCACGAAUCACAUUAAGCAUUACCAGAGAAGUUUCCAAAAAUUUUCAAAAGCAGUCGGAUGCUUUGUGCAGAAGACUGGAGAAGGCAUGUAUCAGUCCCAAACCACAAAAGCCAUGGGAUAAAGAUGCCUGGGAGAUCCCGUGGGAGUCCAUUAAGUUGGUGAAGAGGCUGGGUGCUGGACAGUUUGGGGAAGUCUGGAUGGGUUACUACAACAACAGUACCAAAGUGGCUGUAAAAACCCUGAAACCAGGCACUAUGUCAGUGCAGGCAUUCCUGGAAGAGAAUCUGAGGGAUGGCAAGUCCAGACUCUCACUAUGGCUUUAUUUCAGUCGUAGUCGUUCAAAAGACGUCAAUUUACAUUUUCACAAGGCCCGGUCUCCUUCCCUGCGUGACAAGACAACUCGGCCAAUGCUGGAGUGGCUUGAAAACCCAAACACCGCCCGAUCCGCUCCGGAGCGGACGGCUCAGUCCAGGGCCUCCCGCCCCGCCCGAGGUCGCCCCGCCCCGAGGGAGGGGUCACCUCGCCACGCCCCCUUGCGUAAGCCGGAUACACACCCACGCUCCCCUUUCACCUCGCGGCCGUCAGCUAACGUGGAAGUAAGACCCGCAGGUCCGCUGCGGGGUUGGGAGCGCGCUGGCCCGCGGCGUUGGCCGCGCCGGACCGCGAGCGUGGGCUUCUGCGCGUGGCUCGGUCUUUCCCCGGAGGAAGUGAUGGGGCGCGCGGGCGCCGGUGAGCGGGCGCCGGUGUAG